CCGUUGUCGCCCGUGUUGCAGGGGCAGCUGGUGUGUGCGUGUGAGCCGCGGAGGCCUUUCCCCCCCAAGUGCAACGCCAUGCCGCAGAACGAGCACAUUGAGCUGCACCGCAAGCGGUAUGGCUACCGCAUGGACUACCACGAACGGCUGCGCAAGAAGGAGGCGCGCGAACCUCGAGAACGUUCCAAAAAGGCACAGAAGCUGCGUGGCCUUAAGGCAAAGCUGUACAACAAAGAGCGAAUGUCGGAGAAAAUACAGAUGAAGAAGACCCUCAAGGCGCACCAAGAGAAGGAGACCAAAAAGAAGGACCAGGAGAAGACCCCUGACGGCGCGUUGCCGGCGUAUCUGUUAGACCGCGAGGGCCAGAGUCACGCUAAGGUCCUUAGCAACAUGAUCAAACAGAAGCGGAAGGAGAAGGCUGGUAAAUGGGAAGUGCCCCUGCCCAAGGUCAAGGCGCAAUCCGAGGCCGAGGUCUUCAAGGUCAUUAAGACCGGCAAGCGGAAAAACAAGGCGUGGAAGCGCAUGGUGACGAAGGUGACGUUCGUUGGUGAGGGCUUCACGCGGAAGCCUCCCAAAUUCGAGCGUUUCAUCCGGCCGAUGGCGCUGCGUUUCAAGAAAGCGCACGUGACACAUCCGGAACUGAAGGCCACAUUCUGUCUGCCGAUUAUUGGCGUCAAGAAGAACCCCAGCAGCGUCAUGUACACGGGCCUGGGCGUGAUCACCAAGGGUACAGUGAUCGAGGUGAACAUCAGCGAACUUGGCCUGGUGACCCAGGGAGGCAAAGUCGUUUGGGGAAAGUACGCCCAGGUGACGAACAACCCCGAGAACGACGGAUGCAUCAAUGCAGUUCUGCUCGUCUGAAGCGUCAUGUCUGUUGUU